AAAAAAAUGGAGGAGAAAAAAUACAAAAGAAAAACAAUUAGGGUUAGGGCUUCCCUUGCCAGAGCAGAGAGAGGGAAGGAGACGCUGAGAGAGAGAGAGAGAGGGGGGAAGGAGACGUUGGGUCAGAGCAGGUAGGUGCACUUUCAAUGCAGCUGCGUUUCCACCGCCCUCUCCCAAAUUCGAAAUGGAUAGCCGUUGCCUGUAAGAAAGUAACCUGUGACUUGAAAAACACCUAAUUCCUCUGUUACAUUUCUUGCAAUCUUACCUGAUAGAAAGUUACAGGUUGAGACUUUGUUACCUGUAACAUUUCUCCCCAAAACACAAACUAAAUUUCUGAUUUUCGUCACUUCUCGAUCUCGAUCCCUGCCUAGUUUGAUGGCUCUGUACCUCCUCUUCGAAUCGGCAUCUGGUUUCUCUCUCUUCCACGUUCAUGGCAUUGACGAGAUCGGGCAGAACACGGUAGCCGUCCGUAACUCGGUCCUCGACCUCACCCGGUUCGGGAAAGUCGUGAAACUGGCCGCAUUUCAGCCCUUCUCCUCCGCUCUCGACGCUCUCAACCAAUGCAACGCGGUCUCCGAAGGACUUUUGACUGAUGAAUUGAGGAACUUCUUGGAGCUGAAUCUUCCAAAAAUCAAGGAAGGAAAGAAGCCUAAGUUCAGUCUGGGUGUCGCAGAGCCUAAAAUUGGAUCUCAGAUUUCUGAACUGACCAAGAUCCCUUGCCAAAGCAAUGAGUUUGUCCUGGAAAUCCUCCGUGGUGUACGGUUGCAUUUCGAGAGGUUUAUCAAGGACCUUAAGCAAGCAGACUUAGAAAAAGCUCAGCUAGGUUUGGGGCAUAGUUACAGUCGAGCAAAGGUCAAGUUCAAUGUUAACCGGGUUGACAAUAUGGUUAUUCAGGCCAUUUUCCUUCUCGAUACUCUUGACAAAGAUAUCAAUUCCUUCUCCAUGAGAGUCAGAGAAUGGUACUCUUGGCACUUCCCUGAACUAGCGAAGAUUGUUAAUGAUAACUAUCUCUAUGCCAAAGUUGCAAAAUUUGUGGAGAAUAAGUCAGAGUUAACUGAGGACAAGAUUCCAGGGUUAGAAGACAUUCUUGGUGAUGAGGAGAAAGCGAAGGAGAUUGUUGAAGCAGCUAAAGCAUCUAUGGGUCAGGAUUUGUCUCCGAUUGACUUGAUUAAUGUCCAGCAAUUUGCUCAGAGGGUAAUGGACCUCUCUGAAUACAGGAAGAAGCUCUACGAAUAUCUUGUCACAAAAAUGAAUGACAUUGCACCAAAUUUGGCUUCUCUGAUUGGUGAAGUUGUUGGUGCCCGUUUGAUUUCUCAUGCUGGCAGUCUUACAAACCUAGCCAAGUGCCCUGCUUCUACACUUCAGAUCCUUGGUGCUGAAAAAGCACUUUUCAGGGCAUUGAAAACCCGAGGGAACACCCCAAAAUAUGGCCUUAUUUUUCAUUCUUCUUUUAUUGGCCGAGCAUCUGCACGGAACAAGGGCCGUUUAGCUCGUUACCUUGCAAAUAAGUGUUCCAUUGCAUCUCGCAUUGACUGUUUCUCAGAGACGAAUACCACCGUUUUUGGGGAAAAGCUUCGUGAACAGGUGGAGGAGAGGCUGGAUUUUUAUGACAAGGGCGUUGCCCCACGCAAGAACCUGGAUGUGAUGAAACUGGCUAUUGAUAGUGCAUUAAACAAAGACUCACAAGAGAAUCAAGAUGGAGAAGAAAACAAGAUGGAUACAGAUGGACCUACAGAAGUUUCGGCAAAGAAAAGUAAGAAAAAGAAAGCCAAAAGUGAGGGUGCAGAUGGAGUAUCUGUGGCAGAGGAUAAACUGGCCGAGGUUGCAGAAGGAGAUGCUCCCAUUGAGCCUGAGACUGAGAAGAAGAAGAAGAAGAAAGAGAAGCGCAAGUUGGCAGAGGAGCUGGUUCCUGAAAUUCCUAAUGGCACAAAUGGAUUAGAUUCUGAACAGAAUGGCACAGCUAAGAAGAAGAAAAAGAAGAAGGGCGGCCGCUAAUGGUGACGAGCUCCAAACUGCGAGCAAGGUGAAGAAAAGUGGAGACAAUGAGUGAGUUUUGUGAGUUUUUUGUCCCGAGAUCUUUUGUUGUGGCCUGCUUGGCGCAACGGUUACUCUGUUGCAUUUUUCCGGAAUCUUGGAAGGAGUUUUAUAAUUUAAUCAAUAUGUUUUUACUAUUUAUGUUUUGGUAGAUUCAAUCCUAUAGUUUCUUUGCUA